AUGAAUAAGUUACUGAUAGCGGUGAUUGUAAUAGUUGAGAUUUCAACAAUAUUUUCUGUAGAAAAUAAAUCUUCAAAGCUUGUGGUGGAGUUGAACGAAUUGCUGGUAAAUAACAAAAUUUCAGACAACUACUGCGAUGAUGAAAGAAUAUCUUGCGAUAAUGGUGAGAUCAGUGGUAUCAGGCUAGAUAAGGUUAAGCUAUAUGGUUUUCCUUCAAGCAUUGCAAUAAUUAAAGAUACAUUAAAGGAAUUAACAAUAAAACACACAAACCUGCAAGUCAAUAUUCCGAAUGAAAUUUAUAAGCUGACUGAAUUGCGAUAUCUGAAUAUAGAAGAAUACUACUUUAGUGGUUUAAGUGAUAAUAUUAAAAAUCUGAAUAAAUUAUAUCAUCUUGACUUAAGUAGAUCAAAUCUAUAUGGACCAAUACCUGAUGGUCUAUAUUCACUGACUGAAUUACAAUAUCUGAGUCUACAAGGAAACAAAUUUAAUGGUAGUUUAAGUGAUAAUAUUAGAAAUCUGAGUAAAUUAUCUUAUCUUGACUUAGGUGGAUUAAAUCUAUCUGGACCAAUACCUGAUGGUCUAUAUUCACUGACUAAAUUACAAUAUCUGAGCCUAAAAUGGAACAACCUUAGUGGUAGUCUAAGUGAUAAUAUUAGAAAUCUAAAUAAAUUAUAUCAUCUUGACUUAUGUGGAUUAAAUCUAUCUGGUCAGAUACCUGAUGGUCUAUAUUCAUUGACUAAUUUAAAAUAUAUGAAUCUACAAGGAAACAAAUUUAAUGGUAGUUUAAGUGAUGAUAUUAGAAACCUGAAUAAAUUAGUGAAGCUUGAUUUAAGUAACUCAAAUAUAUCUGGUCCGAUACCUGAUGGUCUAUAUUCAUUGACUAAAUUACAAUAUCUGGAUCUACAAGGAAACAAAUUUAAUGGUAGUCUAAGUGAUAAUAUUAGAAAUCUAAAUAAAUUAGUGGCGCUUGGAUUAAGUGGAUUAAAUCUAUCUGGUCAGAUACCUGAUGGUCUAUAUUCAUUGACUAAAUUGAAACACCUCUAUCUACAAGGAAACAAUUUCAAUGGUAGUUUAAGUGAUAAUAUUAGAAACCUGAUUGAAUUAACAGAUCUUGACUUAAGUAAGUCAGAUCUAUCUGGAUCGAUACCUGAUGGUCUAUAUUCAUUGACUAGAUUGGAAUAUCUGGAUCUACAAGGAAACAAAUUUAAUGGUAGUCUAAGUGAUGAUAUUGCAAAUCUGAUUGAAUUAACAGAUCUUGACUUAAGUGGAUUAAAUCUAUCUGGUCAGAUACCUGAUGGUCUAUAUUCAUUGACUAAAUUGGAAUGCCUCUAUUUAAAAGGAAAUAAUUUUAAUGGUAGUCUAAGUGAUGAUAUUAGAAAUCUGAUUGAAUUAUUUGAUCUUGAUUUAAGUAACUCAAAUAUAUCUGGUCAGAUACCUGAUGGUCUAUAUUCACUGACUGAAUUACAAUAUCUGAGUCUACAAGAAAACAAAUUUAAUGGUAGUUUAAGUGAUAAUAUUGGAAAUCUGCAUGGAUUAUUUGAUCUUGACUUAAGUGGAUUAAAUCUAUCUGGUCAGAUACCUGAUAGUCUAUAUUCACUGACUGAAUUACAAUAUCUGAGUCUACAAGGAAACAAAUUUAAUGGUAGUUUAAGUGAUAAUAUUGGAAAUCUGCAUGGAUUAUUUGAUCUUGACUUAGGUGGAUUAAAUCUAUCUGGACCAAUACCUGAUAGUCUAUAUUCAUUGACUGAAUUACAAUAUCUGAGUCUACAAGGAAACAAAUUUAAUGGUAGUCUAAGUGAUAAUAUUAGAAACCUGAUUGAAUUAACAGAUCUUGACUUAAGUGGAUUAAAUCUAUCUGGUCAGAUACCUGAUAGUUUAUAUUCAUUGACUAAAUUGAAACACCUCUAUCUACAAGGAAAUAGAUUUAAUGGUAGUUUAAGUGAUGAUAUUAGAAACCUGAAUAAAUUAGUGAAGCUUGAUUUAAGUAACUCAAAUAUAUCUGGUCAGAUACCUGAUAGUCUAUAUUCAUUGACUAGAUUGGAAUAUCUGGAUCUACAAGGAAACAAAUUUAAUGGUAGUUUAAGUGAUAAUAUUAGAAACCUGAUUGAAUUAACAGAUCUUGACUUAAGUGGAUUAAAUCUAUCUGGUCAGAUACCUGAUAGUUUAUAUUCAUUGACUAAAUUGAAACACCUCUAUCUACAAGGAAAUAGAUUUAAUGGUAGUCUAAGUGAUGAUAUUAGAAACCUGAAUAAAUUAGUGGAGCUUGAUUUAAGUAACUCAAAUAUAUCUGGUCAGAUACCUGAUGGUCUAUAUUCAUUGACUAAUUUAAAAUAUAUGAAUCUACAAGGAAACAAAUUUAAUGGUAGUUUAAGUGAUGAUAUUAGAAACCUGAAUAAAUUAGUGGAGCUUGAUUUAAGUAACUCAAAUAUAUCUGGUCAGAUACCUGAUAGUCUAUAUUCAUUGACUAGAUUGGAAUAUCUGGAUCUACAAGGAAACAAAUUUAAUGGUAGUUUAAGUGAUAAUAUUAGAAACCUGAUUGAAUUAACAGAUCUUGACUUAAGUGGAUUAAAUCUAUCUGGUCAGAUACCUGAUAGUUUAUAUUCAUUGACUAAAUUGAAACACCUCUAUCUACAAGGAAAUAGAUUUAAUGGUAGUCUAAGUGAUGAUAUUAGAAACCUGAAUAAAUUAGUGGAGCUUGAUUUAAGUAACUCAAAUAUAUCUGGUCAGAUACCUGAUGGUCUAUAUUCAUUGACUAAUUUAAAAUAUAUGAAUCUACAAGGAAACAAAUUUAAUGGUAGUUUAAGUGAUGAUAUUAGAAACCUGAAUAAAUUAGUGGAGCUUGAUUUAAGUAACUCAAAUAUAUCUGGUCAGAUACCUGAUAGUCUAUAUUCACUGACUGAAUUACAAUAUCUGAGUCUACAAUGGAACAACCUUAGUGGUAGUCUAAGUGAUAAUAUUAGAAAUCUAAAUAAAUUAUAUCAUCUUGACUUAAGUAGAUCAAAUCUAUAUGGACCAAUACCUGAUGGUCUAUAUUCAUUGACUAGAUUGGAAUAUCUGGAUCUACAAGAAAACAAAUUUAAUGGUAGUUUAAGUGAUAAUAUUAGAAACCUGGAUAAAUUACAUCAUCUUGACUUAAGUAAAUCAGAUAUAUCUGGAUCGAUACCUGAUGGUCUAUAUUCAUUGACUAGAUUGGAAUAUCUGGAUCUACAAGGAAACAAAUUUAAUGGUAGUCUAAGUGAUAAUAUUGGAAAUCUAAUUGAAUUAACAGAUCUUGACUUAAGUGGAUUAAAUCUAUCUGGUCAGAUACCUGAUAGUCUAUAUUCAUUGACUAGAUUGGAAUAUCUGGAUCUACAAGGAAACAAAUUUAAUGGUAGUUUAAGUGAUAAUAUUAGAAACCUGAUUGAAUUAACAGAUCUUGACUUAAGUGGAUUAAAUCUAUCUGGUCAGAUACCUGAUAGUUUAUAUUCAUUGACUAAAUUGAAACACCUCUAUCUACAAGGAAAUAGAUUUAAUGGUAGUCUAAGUGAUGAUAUUAGAAACCUGAAUAAAUUAGUGAAGCUUGAUUUAAGUAACUCAAAUAUAUCUGGUCCGAUACCUGAUGGUCUAUAUUCACUGACUAAAUUACAAUAUCUGAGCCUAAAAUGGAACAACCUUAGUGGUAGUCUAAGUGAUAAUAUUAGAAACCUGAUUGAAUUAACAGAUCUUGACUUAAGUGGAUUAAAUCUAUCUGGUCAGAUACCUGAUGGUCUAUAUUCAUUGACUAAAUUGAAACACCUCUAUCUACAAGGAAACAAGUUCAAUGGUAGUUUAAGUGAUGAUAUUAGAAACCUGAAUAAAUUAGUGGAGCUUGAUUUAAGUAACUCAAAUAUAUCUGGUCCGAUACCUGAUAGUCUAUAUUCACUGACUGAAUUACAAUAUCUGAGUCUACAAGGAAACAAAUUUAAUGGUAGUCUAAGUGAUGAUAUUAGAAACCUGAAUAAAUUAGUGGAGCUUGAUUUAAGUAACUCAAAUAUAUCUGGAUCGAUACCUGAUGGUCUAUACUCAUUAACUAAAUUGGAAUAUCUAGGUCUUAUGAGUAAUAAUAUCAAUGGUAGUUUAUCACCUAAUAUUGGUAAUCUGGUCAUGUUAGAUAGUCUAGAUCUGAGUUUUAAUCAAUUAAGCGGAACUAUACCAAAUGCAAUCGGCAAUUUAAUCAAUCUUAUAUUUUUGGAAAUGAGAGAGAAUGAAUUUGAAGGUGAUAUCCCUGAUCUGAGUCGUCUGCUAAAAUUGGAAUAUAUGAACAUUAGCUCAACAAAACAUACCUUGAAUGCGAAUUGUAAUAAUAAUAUGUUACCUCCAUCUAUUAGUAAAAGCGAAUGUUUUAUUGGACCAGUGAGUGAACUAUGCAAUAGUAUUAUACACUGUGAAUAUGGCAAUGAGUUUAUAAAUGAAUCAUCAAUUGAUUCAAUGUUCUAUAUAUCAGGAUUGAGGAUAAUCAUUAUGAUGAUAGUGUGCAGAGGUGCAAUAAAAAUAGUAUUAAAUUAG